GGUGGGGGGAAAAGGUUAUAAGUAGAGAAGCUGUUUAACUUUGAACAAAUUUUUGGGUCUGAAAAUUAGCAUUAAAUUAAUUUAAUAAUGCAGUCUUCAAGAACCAGAAACCCUGCUCCUUUUCUAUCAAAGACUUAUGAUCUGUUAGAAGAAGCUGGAAGCUUCCAUUUCGAGGAAGCUGAUCAAGAUCAAGAAGAAGAUGAAGAAGAAGAAGAAGAAGAAGAAAAGAAUGGUGGAAAUAGGACUGUGUCAUGGAAUGCAGAAGGAAGUGGUUUCAUUGUUUGGUCUCCUGCUGAUUUUUCUGAGCAUCUAUUGCCCAAGUACUUCAAGCAUAAUAACUUCUCUAGCUUCAUUCGCCAGCUUAAUACUUACGGGUUCAAGAAAACGUCGUCGAAAAGGUGGGAAUUCAAGCAUGAGAAGUUUCAGAGAGGAAAGAGGCAUAUGUUGGUGGAAAUUGUACGUAAGAAAUGUGAGCCAAGUGUGUUUCCAGCCUUCCUAAGAUCUUCUCAUGAAGGAGGUGCAACAAUGGCGGUUAAUCAGGAGAAUGGAGAUCAUCUGUUACUAAUGGAAGAAAACAAUAACUUAAGAAGACAGAAGCUGGAAUUGCAGGCUCAAAUAGCCCAAUUCAAAGCACUACAUAUUAGAUUGCUUGACUGUCUAGGUCGGUGCAUUGAAAAAUAGCCUACGAAGAGUUUUUUUAUUGUACAAAAAAAAAAUGGAUCGGCUCUGAGAGUUUAGUUUUGGGUUAUCCAUCCUCUCCAUGUUGAGUUAGCACUGUCCUCAGUUAGUUUUAAAGAAGUUGUGACAUUACUUUGGCUCUGUAAAAGUUAGAUAUGAAGACGAACAAUUAAACAGAUCAUUUUAUACUUGUUUAAUGAUAGUCUAACUAAAUAUAUAAAACCAACACGACUUUUGACUCUA